CGAGCUUCCCGACGGAGGGGCGCCCCGCGCGGCCAGCAGCUGCUUCCUCCUGCUCCGGCUGGCUGUGGGCGAGGGAAAGGCUCUUGCGCAAGGGCCCUGCUGCUGCUGCUGCUGCCUGCCGCCUCCGCGUGGGCCGCUGGCGUGGGGGGCAGGUGGGGCUUGGGCGUGGCGUGGCGAGUCGGCGGGGCCUUUGAUGCGGAGCUGGGCUGGCCGGCCAGGUCCCGCCCGCCUGCCGGAGCCGUCGAGGCGGCUGCUCCCUCCCUCUCGCGCACAGCCCCGGUCGGCUCAGAGGCUCGCCCACGCGCCGGAGGGAGCAGGCAGGCCGUGGGACGCGGCGCGCCGCCGCCGCUGCUGCUCUCCCUCCUUGCCGUCUGGGCUGGCCGACUCCCCCGCGGGCAGCAGCUAGAGCCAGGCGGCAGGUCCGUGGCCACGACGGGGAAGCCCGGACGCCGCCGCCGCCGCCUAGCCGCGCCGGAGGGCUGUCUCGGGAGGAAGAGCCCCGCGCACACUCGGGGCGCCCCUUUCUCCUUCUUCUCGGGCUCCGCCACCGCGGCCGCUCCCCUCCCGCUGCCGCAGACCGACCCAAGCAUCAGCCCGCUGCCGUCGGAGCCCCGCGCCCCCAGCAGGCUCCGGCCCCCGGCUGCCCGCCUUUGGGUCCUCGCUCGCAGGCAGCCGCUAGACCUCCGCCUCCUCCUCCGCCUCCCGCUGGCGAGAGGACCGGCCGGCGACUCCCGGCAGACAGUCUCCACCCUCCACUUUUGGCGGCGCUUCGGGGCCGCGUCCCAACCUCAGCUGCGAGAGGACGAGACUAGAGUGCGGCCGGGAACCUCGCGGCGGGGGCUCCCGCGCAGCCUGCCGGCUCUUCCUGGCUGCCAGUGCCUCCGGCCCGGGCUCGCCUCCCCUCCAGCAGCAGCGAGCAGCAGCUUCGCCCCGUCCCGUCGCCGCCAGCCAGCCAGCCAGCCUCCUCCAGGGGCCAGUCGGGGCCCCCCGAUGCCCAACCAGAGCGCCACCCCGGGGCCAGGCUCGCUGAGCAGCAACUGCGGCGACAUCCUCCAGCUGCAGAAGGACGGCAACCCCGCCACCAGCUCCCUGAUGUUCCUGGCCGGCGUGGUGGGCAACCUGGCCGCGCUGGUCAUCCUGUGGUUCCGCCGGAAGGAGCUGCGUGCCCAGAUCUCCUCCUUCUACAUCCUGGUGACCGGCCUGGCCCUCACCGACCUCCUGGGCACCUGCGUCCUCAGCCCCGUGGUCUUCGUGGCCUACUCGCAGAACGCCACCCUGCUGGGCCUGGCGGAGGGCAAGCCCUGGCUGUGCCACCUCUUUGCCUUUGCCUUGAUGUUCUUCAACCUGGCCGCCAUGCUGAUCCUCUGCGCCAUGGCAGUGGAGCGCUGCCUGGCCAUCAGCUACCCCUUCGUCUACUCCCACCACAACAUCCGCCGGUGGGCCAAGCUCUCAUUGCCCACCAUCUAUGCCGUCAGCACCGGCUUCUGCGCCCUGCCUUUCCUGGGCAUUGGGAAGUACAAGCAGUACUGCCCAGGGACCUGGUGCUUCGUCCAGAUGGACAAGGACGUGGACGGGAUUCCGUCGCGCGAGGCGGCUUUCUCGUUGUCCUACGCCACCCUCAUGGCCCUCCUCAUCCUGGCGGUCUUCGUGUGCAACGUGUUGGUCUUCGCCAGCCUGUGCCAGAUGUACCACAAGCAGAAGGCCCGCCGGCGCGGCUCCGUCAGCCUGGCCCAGCAACGGCGCAAAAGUUGGUUCAGGCACGGGGAGGAGGAGGUGGACCACCUGGUCCUGUUGGUCAUCAUGACGAUCAUUUUUGGCAUCUGCUCCUUGCCUCUCUCGGUCCGAGCCUACGUUGGCGGCAUCAGGCCAGACCACAGAGAGGACAAGGAUAUGAUCGCCUUCCGCUUCAGUGCGUUCAACCCCAUUGUGGAUCCGUGGCUCUUCAUCAUUUGCCGCCACGCCGUCUUCCGUGGCCUUAGGAAAAUCUUCUGCUGCCACGUGGGAUGGCCCUGCUGGCUCAAGACGCAGAAGUCAUCGGUCAUCCUUGGAAUGCAAGAUGGCCCCACAUUGCAAGACCUGUCCGUCUGUUGACAGCAGAAGCCGCCCAGGGCACAGGGUCUCGUUCGCCAUGGCAACCGCUCCCAGGCAAGAGGGCAGGUAGGGCUGGGGCUUCCUUGCUGGGUAGUGGGGAGUCGAGGAGGAGGAGGAGGAGAAGGAAUGACCCUAUCAUUGCCACCGCCACCGCCUUCAUAAGGAUCCACGACUUGAUGGGUGUAGCUUCUCGUGGUAGGAGAUGGAAGGUCAAUGGGUGUGAUUCAGUCACAAGCAACCCUGUGCAAGGGGGUAGGGACCCUCUCCCACACACUGGCGUCUCCAGGAGGAAAGUUCUCAGCAGGAACACUCUGCUCAGCACCAUUACCGUCAUAAAGGGAUGCUAGAUACCGUGUUGGGAAGCCGAGCUUGAAUGGGAUCUCGAAUUCCCCCACAGAAGAGGAAGUGAGAACGAAGAUGCAGAAGGAGAGAGAGACUGAUAGAUGACCAGGGCUGUGAAGCAAUUGCAUGUUAAACAACCUGCAUGUUAAACAACCUGUGCUGUCUCGUUAGCUAAAGUACCCCCAAUGGCUAACGAUUAGCAGCCCUCAGCUGUUUCAUGCUUUCGGUGUUGAUUCGUGUUAAGAGCAUGGGAUGCCAUUGAUGGUGAAACAUUACUGUGAAUUGUUGAAUAAAGGAUGAAUUGAUA